CGUCCCCCAAUUUCCGCUCCAAAACCCUCCCCGAUUCCCCAGCCCCCCCCGCCCUCCGAUGGUCCUGAUCUAAGCAUGUACCGCCGCCACGCUAAGCGCCGCCGCGAAGCCCCCGAUCAUGCCCUCCCGGCCUCCUCCAAGGCGCCCGUCAUGACCACCACCCACUCCGGCGGCGCCUCCUCCUCCGCCGCCGCCGCCGCCGGGGCGGCGGGCGCCUCCUCCUCCGCCGCCGCCGCCUUCUACGCGCCCCCGCCCCGCCGCCUCCACUUCUUCGUGCGCGCCACCGACUCCAAGACCAUCGCGAUACACGCGGCGGCCGACGACACCGUCGCCGCCGUGCUCGCCCACCUCGCCGACUGCGGCUACGGCCGCGACCUGCGCCUCCUCUACGCCGGCCGCCAGCUCCAGCCGGAGGCCACCGUCGCGUCGCUCGGCCUCGCACCCGACUCCACCCUCCAGCUCGCCGCCCGCCUCCGCUCCACCCCGCACCCCAAGGCCUGGCAGCUCGCCUCGCACAUCGCCGCCACCGCCGCCUCCGGGGACGCCGGCACCGACUCCGCCCACACCCUCGACGACCUCGUCAAGGAGUACAUCGCCUGCUGCGACCCGGGCAGCCAGCACAACCGGAACGAUCGCAGGGCCAAGGGGGACACCGGCAGCACCGACCGCCACGCCGAGGACUACCUCGACAUCUUCCUCCAGUCCGGCGCCGCCAUCGCGCUGGUUCGCCUCUACCUCUCCGAUUUCUCCUUCUCGCGCUCCUACGCCGAGCGCGCCAUCAGAUGCUUCCUCAGCACCGACCCUGCCACCUUGCCGCCUAAUGUCAUGCUCGUCACGGCGCCUGUGCUGCUCGAGUUCUGCCGCCUGCUUGCUCUGACCGCGGGCAAUAAGGAUUCUCUCUACAAGUCAUGCCGCUACACACUUGCAUCGGUGCUCUGCUUGCCGCUCUCGGUGCUCGGUGCCUCCAAAUCGCCCACCAAGGUGAUCGAGCAGGUCCUCCCGUUUGCCAGAGAGAUUGUUGAACUGGUCCUGAAUGGACUUGGAUCAGAGACCAUGCUGGUGCCAAGGACAGACCUUGAAGAGCUCUCAAACUUCUUUAAAGUCCUGCGCCAGCAGGUACUCCUUUGGAUGCCUGACGGCUCAAUGCCAAAGAAUAUGUACAGCAGGGAGUGUAAGCGUACUGACACAUGGGUAUGGGAGUUGCACGAAAUGUCGAUGAACCUGCUCAAAAGGGUGGAUGAGUGUCUCAAGAGGUUGGAAAUGGAUCUUUCGUCUCUGUCAUCUGACACUAGGGGGGUCAUAGAAAAUCAACCUAUCUGGGUCACCCGGUUACAUAUCCUUGCCAUAUUGACAGAACUGGAUUUCAUCUCAGGGAUAUUCGAGGAUGUGGCACACAGCCUGCGGUUCGUGUUGCUGGCACACAAAGCACCUCUCAAUGCGCUCGUGCGCUGUUCCAAGAGGAAUGAGCAUCUCCACUGGCUCAUGAAGCAUAAGGAUCUGCUCUGCUUCGAAGCAAGAAGGAACUUGGUCUUAAUGUUGUUUUCUGAGGGGAAGGAUGACUAUGGGGAGCUGCAUGAGAUGUUGAUCGACCGGUCACGUUUACUGGAUGAGUCCUUCGAGUACAUCACACAGGCCAAACCCAGUGAGCUUCACAGUGGUCUGUUUAUGGAGUUUAAGAAUGAGGAGGCUACUGGCCCUGGUGUUCUGAGGGAGUGGUUCUGCAUGGUGUCUCAAGCUCUGUUCAGCCCACAGCAAGUACUCUUCUUGCCUUGUCCUAAUGAUCAACGGAGGUUCUACUUGAAUGGAACAUCUGUUGUUGAUCCACUGCACCUGAAAUACUUUGUUUUCUCGGGACGAGUAAUUGGAUUAGCAUUGAUGCAUAAAGUGCAAGUAGGGAUAGUUUUGGACCGCACCUUAUUUUUGUAUCUUGCUGGGAGAAGUAUUACAUUGGAAGACAUUUCUGCUGCAGACCCUUUCACGUAUGCAAGCUGUAAAAGAAUUCUAGAGAUGGGUGCUGCCGAGAUUGAUGAUUUAACUUUAACAUUUUCCCGAGAUGUUCAUACCUUAGGGUCUCGAAAGACUAUUGAGCUUUGCAAAGGAGGGCAGGAUAUCUCUGUGAACAUCAGUAACAGAGAGCACUACAUUGAUCUUCUUAUUAAGAAUAUCUUUGUCGACUCUAUUUCUGAGCAGCUGGCCAAUUUUGCAAAAGGAUUUGGUGACAUAUUAGCUAAUCCGAAACUCCGGGAGGUAUUUUUCGGGUGUUUGGAUCUAGAAGACUUUGACCGAAUGUUAGGGGGAAGCAACAAUACUAUAAAUCUGAAAGAUUGGAGAUCACAUACUCAAUAUAAUGGCUACAAAGAAAAAGAUCGCCAUGUUAACUGGUUCUGGAAGGCCGUCGAGAGCAUGACAGUUGAGCAACAGAGGCAGCUCCUCUUCUUCUGGACGUCAGUGAAAUAUUUGCCCUCAGAAGGCUUUGGUGGGCUGAGCUCAAAGCUGUACAUAUACAAGACAACGGAGUCAGCCGACCAUCUCCCGUCUUCGCACACAUGCUUCUACCGCCUCUGCCUCCCCCCAUACCCGUCCCUCAAGGUGAUGCAGAGCCAGCUGCAGAAGAUCACACAGGAGCAUGUGAGCUGCAGCUUCGGUACGUGGUAGGAUGCUUGGCUGUGGGAAACCCAAAGUGGUACAUUUUGUACAUAUCGAGUUAGCAACAACCCUUAUCUAUCCCAUUUAAAUCUAUUGCCAGUAGAGAGCUUAAAAAUUAGGCUGCCGUGGUUUGAUUUGUAUGUAUGGAAAGUUAGCGUCCCCGGUCGUUUAACCUUGAUGUAGGUGGAAUCAGAAGAGUGCAAGGUUCAUUUUCUUCGCCCAUCC